ACUAGUCGAAUCCAAAAUGUAUUGAUUAAAGUGUUUUACAUAUCGUGUUGAUACAUAUAUAUUAUAUUAAUGAUAAAGUCGGAGUGCACAUAGAUACUCAACCUAAUAUAACCUACGCGUAUAACACCCGUGAUAUUAAUAUAAUACAUUAUAGCCAAUCCCGUGUUGCAGUAAAUAUCAUUUAUACUGAAAAAUACGGCGUCGCGCGUCAUUCUCCUCAGGGAAGGUGCGCAAAACGGUCUACGGCGCUCAUCGCGCUGCAAACGGCCCAGAACGGGAUCCCUACGAAAUUUGGUUGCUGCCUGGUGGGUGGUGGGAUAAACGCCCGUUAACGCACCUGCAUCGGCACUGUCGCAGUGAUGUGUCUUCACACGCACGCCGACUCGGCGACAGGACGGAUAACGCGACACGGACCCGCGGCACACGCUACACGGGCACCGCGCACGAGAACCACAAUGAUCGCGGGCACGCUGGUCGUCGCCAUCAGCUGUUGGUCGCUGUUCGCCGCUGCCGCACAACAUGGUUCCGACAGGCGUUCGGUGCACUACGACGGGGACCUCGUUCGGAGUUACCGCACCUCCACCAGCACUACCGGCGGCGAACACUGCUGCACCGGCGGACAAUCCCUGUCAACUGGAGAUGACAACAUUGCGGAUCCCUUUGAGAUUCCAUUGAAUGUUAUAAUGGAACUGAAUCAGGUGUCAAAUGUUUCAGAACUAUUCACCAAAUUUAUGCCAGAUACUAAUAUGGAUGAAGCUCAAAGACGUUUUAUCACAACAGGUUUUCAAAGUCGUACUACGUUAAACUUGGAAAGAAAAGCAGCAUUUAUACCUAAGCCGGCUACUUGCACUAUUGAAAGUCAAACGAUCAGCCUAAAAGAUACCGAUGAUCGAAGUUUAUAUUAUUUCCCUUCGUGCACGCGAGUUGACCGAUGCGGAGGUUGUUGUAGUCACGAUUUGUUGGCCUGUCAACCGACUAAAAUCGAGACACUCCACUUCGAAGUAUUGGUAUCGCAGUACAAUGGAGCAGGAAAAUUAGAAUUCAAAGGUAGAAAAACAGUUUCAAUAGACCGACAUUUGAAGUGCAAGUGUGAAUGUAUUGUUAAAGAAGAAAACUGUAGCCCAUUGCAGAUGUAUAAUCGCAAAGAAUGUCGAUGUAAGUGUAGCAAUGAAGAUGAUGAAGAUAAGUGCAACGACGAACACGACUUAAAGCAAUGGAACUCUGCGACAUGCAAAUGCGAAUGUCGUGAAAUUAAGGAAUGUACUUCAGGAUAUGGAUUUGACAAUUAUACUUGCGGGUGUGAACCUUUAAGAAUAAGAACCAAAAAUACCGGUACUCAUUUGAAUAGAAACAAAUAUUCAUUAGUAGUUUCAUGAGCUUAAUUUUUCAAAAACAGGAUACCAAUUAUGUACAUUAUAUAAUGAAUAUAGAAUACUAAUCGUUUUGUUAUUUAUAUUAUUUACUAUAUUAUUUAAGACUAUUAAAUUAUU